AUGAGUGCGUGCGGCUUUUCCUCGUCUGGUUCAGCAAGUAAUCAAGCAAAAGAAGGAACGGAGAAUAUCGAAGGAAAUGAAUUUUCUACCGGCGGAAAAUAUUCGACUGGUAUGUCAUCUUCAGGUUCAACGAGUGUUCAAGCAGAUGUAUAUUCUAAAAAUAAAGGUGACGACACAAGAAAUUACACAGCAGCUGAAGCUUUAAAAACAGCAACGUUCCAAAAAUAA